UGUAUAUACAUACUAAGUCAUCUAGACUUUCAUUCAUUCGUUCGGCAGAGCCUGUAUUAUUCUACAAUGCAUUCAACUACCUUUCUCACCCUUAGCUGCGCUACUCUAGCCCUCGCGGCUCCGAGCAAGAGCAAGACCAUCCAGCAGCGAGCUACCUGCACCUUUACUACCACGGCCGCGCUGUCGUCGGGCAAGAGUUCCUGUACCGAUAUCGUCCUUAACGGUAUCACCGUUGCCGCAGGCGAGACACUCGACCUGACGAAGCUGACGACCGGAACCACCGUCACUUUCCAAGGCACCACCUCUUUCGGAUAUAAGGAAUGGUCGGGACCUUUGAUCAGCGUCUCUGGCACUAGCAUCACCGUGAAGGGUGCUACUGGCCACGUUAUCGACGGCAAUGGAGCUCAAUGGUGGGAUGGAAAGGGCAGCAACGGAGGCAAGACCAAGCCCAAGUUCUUCUACGCCCACAGUUUGACUUCCUCGACGAUCACCGGUCUCAACGUCAAGAACACGCCUGUCCAAGGGUUCUCCAUCAACGGUGCGACCGACCUCACCCUAAACAGCAUCACGAUCGACAACUCGGCCGGAGACUCAGCUGGUGGACAUAACACGGAUGCCUUCGACGUCGGUUCAUCUACCGGGGUAAAGAUCAUCAACGCCAACGUCAAGAACCAGGACGACUGCCUCGCCAUCAACUCGGGCAGCAACAUCGAGUUCACCGGAGGCACAUGCUCAGGUGGCCACGGCCUAAGCAUUGGUUCUGUCGGCGGACGUAGCAACAACGAUGUUAGUAACGUUGUCAUCUCCAACUCCAAGAUCAGCGACUCGCAGAACGGCGUGCGCAUCAAGACAGUGUACAACGCCACCGGUUCCGUCAAGAACGUCACCUACUCAGGCAUCACCCUAAGCAACAUCACCAAAUACGGUAUCGUCAUCGAGCAAGACUACGAAAACGGCAGCCCGACAGGUACUCCUACCACCGGUGUUCCCAUCACCGACCUGACCCUCAACGGCGUUACCGGCUCUGUCGCGUCGAGUGCCACAGACGUAUACAUUCUUUGCGGUAGCGGAUCGUGCAGCAGUUGGACCUGGAAGAACGUGUCUGUUACUGGGGGCAAGGCAAGCACCAAGUGCUCGAAUAUCCCGACUGGCGCCUCCUGCUAAGCUGGAAAUACAUGGCUAGACCAAUCCUUUUUUGUACCAUAUGAUGUAAAUAAAACCUGACGAGAUCGAUGAAUCAAGAUUCAGUAGCGUUAUGUCCGUGUAUUCCCAUUGGUAUGCCGAAAGUCACAAGCAUUCGCUCACCCCCGUAGUCGCGAGCUAGGAUUCAGCUCCAUGUCCUAGCUGCGUCACGGCCCCCAAACAACAGUCG